AUGGUUUUCUCAACGGGAGCUGGUGUAGCUGCUCAGGUCCCCAGUAUUGCGCCGAGUGCAGAUGCAGCCAGAGGAUUUGUGAAGCGUAUUGUAAUGGAAGCAGUGUUUGAUGUUCUCGAACAACAGGGUCGUGCAGCCGGGUUAUCCGAUCCUAUAAUCCAAAUCAUUUUGGACCAACUUACUGUCAACAUCAUGUACCAACCACUGGAAUGCAACACUGUAGGUGUGAACCCAAGGCCAAAUGUGAAUACGUCCAGAAAGGCAAUGGAGAAUAUCAUUCACGAAUACUACUCAGAUCUUUUCGAUAGCUACCUCCAGCUCCAGUCAUAUGAAAUAAAGGAGGAUGGAUAUGUCGUACCAUCGGCUCCUGCUUUCGAAAUCCGAUAUACUGUUUCAUUUGUGAAGAAUCGAACAACAUCCGCCAGAUCUCACAGACGUACUGGCUCGGCUGUUCACAUGUUCGCUGUCUGA